AUGCGUAGACCCAAAAAGAUCGUCAAAGAUGUGGAUAUCUUGAAGCAUGAGGAUAUGAUUAGUAAACCAUCAUCUAUUCAUUCAUUAUCAUCAAAUGAAAACAAAAAUUACAUCAAUUCUCGGAUUUAUAAAAGAUUAAGAACACUUCAUUUUAAUAAUAAAAACGACAACAACACCAAUAAUAAUAAGCAUGUAAUUACCACAAAAAAACAUACUAGUGAUGAUUACAUAAAUAUUUUCGAUGAUACCUACAAAAACAAUGAUGAAACUGAUGAAUAUGAUUACCCUACUACCACUGCGGAAGACAAUCAAACUGACGAAAGUGAUGGUGUUCCCUAUGUAAAAACAGAAGAGAAGCCAAUGGAAAGAGUAAAAAGAAGCAUUGUUGAAGAACACCGUCCCAAAAGUAAACAUUCCAAGAUUGCAAAAAAAACAGAUACAAUUCUUACAUAUCACAAUUCUAGUAGCAAUAAUCCUAAUGAUCCAAGAUUGAUUUCGUCUUCAUUAUUAGUGGCUGAAAGAUCAUCGCAUAAUAACAACGCUAACCGCACAAAAAAUAAUAUGGGGAAUUCUCCUUUAAAACAGAGAAUUACUUCUAAUUUUAAACCAAGUUUGUUUCCAGAUAAUUUCAAAAUAAGUAAAGUUUAUGAAACCGGUGGUGGCACUGCCACUAACAGUAGCUCUGGUAUUGCCAAUACCAUAACAUUUUUAGACGGGUUUGAGGGGUUUAUAGAUCAGUCAAGAUUAACUUUUGUACAAAAAUCAAGAUUACCCAUUAGCAACAACACAAUGAGUAAGGCGCCACAUAUAACAAGAGACGAUUUCAAUAAAUUAUUUCCAGUGUUGUAUAAUAAUACUGUUAUAAAUCAAAAUUCUAGUUCAUUGCAUUUUGGAAACUCCAAUGAUAAGAUUUUGUAUUCCAAAUUAUUACCGCAAUAUUUAUUCGAAUUAAAACAAAACUUUGUUAUACUGUUUUAUGGUGCUGGUUCUAAGAGAGAAAUUGUUAACCAAAUGUGUACCACCUAUUUAAGUCAUAAACUUGGGGCUUUCCCUGUACGAGAUACUAGUGAUGCAAGUAAUGUUAAUAAUCUUGAUAUACAAGCCAGUGAUAAUGGUAGUCCUAAAGGAGAAAAAAGUAAAAAUAUCAAAACUCCUACCUCGUACCCCGUUCCAACUAUGGUUAUAAAUGGAUAUAACCCCAGUGUUAACUAUAGAGAUGUCUUUAAGAGUAUAUUACCAUAUAUUAUACCGGACAAAGGGUUCAAAUUUGAGGAGAAAAACAACACAAACUCUAGCAACUCAGAUGAUAGUCAAAAUAAAGAAGGAAAAUAUUGGGGUGACCAGGUGUAUUUUAAAAUUAAAAAAUUAAUAGAAUACUACGAAAAUAAUGAUACUGCUACAUUUAGAGUAAAAAGACUAUUAAUAGUAGUUCAUAGUUUUGAUGGAUUGGGUGGUUUCAGAGACAAAUUACAAAAUAUGAUCUGUCUAUUGGCGCAACUUAAAUGUAUUUCACUAAUAUGCACUGUAGAUCAUGUUUAUUCCCAUAUGUUGUGGGAUCAUAACAAAACCGAUCAGUUGAAUUUUGUUUAUCAUGAUUUAACUACUUAUUCACCUUACACUGUGGAACUAUCAUUUGGGGUUAAGGAUGUUUUUAACGAAAUAUUUCAAUCUAAUAAUGAUGUUGAGGACUCUGGUGGCAACCCAACAAGCAUUACCGGUAUAAAAUACGUGUUGGAUUCCUUAACUCUAAAUUCUAAGAAACUAUUUAAAUUGUUGUUAGAAACACAACUGAAUAAAAUGUUAAACUCUGGCGAUAGUAAAAGAUAUAGAACAUAUAGAGUCGACUUUAAACAGUUCAGUGAUAUGUGUAGAAGUGAAUUUAUUGCUAGUAAUGAGAUGUCACUAAGAACAAUGUUGAGGGAAUAUAUUGACCAUAAUAUGAUUAAACUAACCAAGAAUAAAAGGAACAACUCUGAAGUGUUAGAGAUUCCAUUCGGUACGGCCCAAUUGCAAACGAUUUUAAACGAUUUGUUGCGAGACUUAUAA